CACAAUCCUCUCUUGAAUCUGUAAAUUCUGAAAAGCAAAGGAGCUUUUCUUGAAUAUACGAUUCGCUAACACCCAAAAAAAUCUCGCCAAUCCCUCCUCAAGUUUUCACCAGCACCCUUACCACCAGCACCAAAACCCAUCCGUCAUCAUGCUGAAGGGACAGACCCGCCAGGACAUCCACGAGGAUGACAACAGCGGCCGUAAGAGCACCAUCUCCACCAGGGCCUUCGUGUUCACACGCUCCGACCCGCUGAUCAAGGCCCGCUCCGGCUCUCUGUACAGCUCCCGCUCCUCCAUGAAUACACGCAGCUCCAUCAGCCCCGGCGUCAUGCAGCAGCUGUCCAGCUCCGGAAUCACCGACUUCCGUGGCAACCGCGAGAAGGAGAAGAGAGAGAUGCAGAACCUGAACGAGCGUCUGGCCAGCUACAUCGAGAAGGUCCACUUCCUGGACGCCCAGUGCAAGAAGCUGGAGGCUGAGAAUGAGGCUCUGCGCAACCGCAAGAUGGAGGACCUCCAGCCCAUCCGUGACGCCUACGAGAACGAGCUGGCCCAGGCCCGCAAAGUCAUCGACGAGCUGAGCUCCUCCAAGGGUGUAGCUGAGGCCAAGCUGGUGGGCCUCCAGGACGAGAUCUCCCAGCUCCGUGACCUG